AUGUUGGUAGGAUUGCAAGGGUCCGGCAAGACGACCACCGCGGCGAAGCUGGCCCUGCAAAUGCGGCGACAAAGCCACAGCGCGAUGCUGGUGGCCGCCGACUUGCGCCGUCCGGCUGCCAUAUCACAACUGGAAACCCUCGGCAAACAACUAGACCUGCCCGUAUAUUCUGAAGACCCGGCAUCAUCGACGCCGGCCAAAGUCGCGGCAGCGGGCCUGCGCCGAGCCACCGAACUGGCAUUGACCUGGGUCAUCGUUGAUACGGGCGGCAGGUUGCACAUCGACGAGGAGUUGAUGGGCGAGUUGGAAGAGGUAAAACGUGCGGUGAAUCCACACCAGACCCUGUUGGUGGUCGACGCCAUGACUGGCCAGGAUGCGGUGAAUGCCGCCGAAGCAUUUCACCAACAGAUCGGCCUGGACGGGAUGGUAAUGUCCAAGAUGGACGGAGAUGCCAGGGGCGGGGCGGCGCUUUCCAUAACGCGCGUAACCGGCGUUCCCAUCAAGUUCAUCGGUACUGGUGAACGACCGGACGGCCUGGAACCCUUCCACCCGGACCGGAUGGCGUCGCGCAUUCUGGCCAUGGGCGAUGUGAUGACUCUGAUUGAACGGGCGCAGGAGGCGGUGGACGAGGACAAGGCGAAGGAACUGGAACGCAAGAUGCGUACCUCCAGUUUCACGCUAGACGAUUUCCUGGACCAGAUUCAGGGCGUCAAGAAAAUGGGCGGGCUGGCAUCCGUACUGGAAAUGAUGCCUGGCAUCGGCAAUGCCGCCAAAAAAAUGCAAGGCCAGCUCGAUGAUUCCGAGUUACGCAAGACUGAAGCCAUCAUAAGCUCAAUGACGAUGCACGAACGCACCAGCCCGGAAGUCAUCAAGGCCAGCCGCCGUCGCCGGAUCGCGCUGGGCAGCGGUACCAACCCAUCGGACGUCAACCGCGUGCUGAACCAGUUCAAACAGACGCAGCGACUGAUGCGGCAGUUCUCCUCCAACCCCAAAGGAAUCAUGCGGAUGUUCCGCUAG